CCUGCAGGCGGCUUUGUGCCAGGAGCAUGUGAUGUCCUCAGCAGCAGCAUCUGGAUGAAGCUGUCCCUGACUGCCAGAGCUGGGCAGCCCCUGGAAAACCGACCUCUCUGCAGAACCCCUCCAGCCAUCCCCCAGGAAGCCAAGCUGACCCUUAUAAUAAGAUGCCCCUCAUCUCCCCAGGGUAUCUUCUAAACUCUCAAGCCCCCACAUCUGUUUGCCCAUGAAAUGAAGCAACUGAGCUCUGCUCUGCAGCUGCCUCUCAGGUUCUGGGGAAACUUUGUUAGCUGCCCAGAAUCUCCAAGCCAGGCUGGUUCUCUGCGUCCUUUGAAUGGCCUGACUUCUUCUGUGCCUACAGAUAUCUGACUUCUAACAACUCCAUUGUGAGCCCCUGUUCCAUGCCAGGGGCCGUGCUCGGGGCUGGAGAUCAAAAGUUCGGCAGUGAGUGAGAGCCGCACAGAAUCCAGAGGCAGCUCUGCGUGCCAGCUCCUUGAGCCCUGCCUGCCCUUCCCCUGAUGUCCAGGAGCCAUGGGUCUUUCCCAUCCUGCACCCACAUCCACGACAAAGCUCGGCCUGUGGUGGCUGCUUCUGCUCCCAGCAGCGUUGGGGCGGCGAGGCACCCACACCCAAGCCGAGGAUCGCCUCUUUCAACACCUCUUUGGGGGCUACAGCCGCUGGGCCCGGCCAGUGCCCAACACCUCGGAUGUGGUGAUCGUGCGCUUCGGCCUGUCCAUUGCCCAGCUCAUCGAUGUGGAUGAGAAGAACCAAAUGAUGACCACCAACGUUUGGCUAAAGCAGGAGUGGAGCGACUACAAGCUGCGCUGGAACCCGGGCGACUUCGGCAACGUGACGUCGCUCCGCGUCCCUUCGGAGAUGAUCUGGGUCCCCGACAUCGUCCUCUACAACAAUGCAGAUGGGGAGUUUGCAGUAACCCACAUGACCAAGGCUCACCUCUUCUCCACGGGUGCCGUGCACUGGGCGCCCCCAGCCAUCUACAAGAGCUCCUGCAGCAUCGAUGUCACCUUCUUCCCCUUUGACCAGCAGAACUGUAAGAUGAAGUUUGGCUCCUGGACCUACGACAAGGCCAAGAUUGACCUGGAGCAGAUGGAGCAGACGGUAGACCUGAAGGACUACUGGGAGAGUGGCGAGUGGGCCAUCGUCAAUGCCACGGGCACCUACAACACCAGGAAGUACGACUGCUGUGCUGAGAUCUACCCUGAUGUCACCUACUACUUUGUCAUCCGGCGGCUGCCCCUCUUCUACACCAUCAACCUCAUCAUCCCCUGCCUGCUCAUCUCCUGCCUCACCGUGCUUGUCUUCUACCUGCCCUCGGACUGUGGCGAGAAGAUCACCCUCUGCAUCUCCGUGCUGCUCUCGCUGACAGUCUUCCUCCUGCUCAUCACCGAAAUCAUCCCCUCCACCUCCCUGGUCAUCCCGCUCAUUGGCGAGUACCUGCUCUUCACCAUGAUCUUUGUCACCCUCUCUAUCAUCAUCACCGUCUUUGUCCUCAACGUCCACCACCGCUCCCCUGGCACUCACAACAUGCCCCACUGGGUGAAGGUGGCCUUUCUGGGCUGUGUGCCCCGGUGGCUUCUGAUGAAACGGCCCCUGCCGCCCUUGGAGCUCCGUGAGCCCCCAGGCCUGAAGCUCAGCCCCUCUUAUUGCUGGCUGGAGACCAAUGUGGAUGAGGAGGAGAGAGAGGAUGCAGAGGAGGAGGAAGAAAGAUGGGUGUGUGCAGGCCAUGCACCCCCCUCGAUGGGUGCCCUCCACAGCCAUGGUGGCCUGCAUCCAGGUGCCUCAGGUCCCAAGGCCAAGGCCCAGUUGCAGGAGAGUGGGUUCCUGCUGUCACCCAGCAUGCAGAAGGCGCUGGAAGGUGUGCACUACAUUGCUGAUCACCUGAGGUCUGAGGAUGCUGACUUUUCGGUGAAGGAAGACUGGAAGUAUGUCGCCAUGGUAAUUGAUAGGAUAUUCCUCUGGUUGUUCAUCAUCGUCUGCUUCCUGGGGACCAUCGGACUCUUUCUUCCUCCGUUCCUGGCUGGGAUGAUCUGAUUUCAUGACCCUUGCUUUGGUUCAAGGUGACUUGGCUGAACAUCUUUAACUGCUGCUGCCUCUAGAAUAAGCCUUUGGGGUUAACACCAUCCCAUUGUAGGUGCCUCUCCAUGGAGCCCUAAACUGGCCCAAUCAUCAAAGUCUUCUUUGAAUAAUUCAUCUUGACAUUAUUGUACCAAGGACUGGGCACAUCUGCUGGGCACAAGGCCCUGUUUUGGAUGCUGAGGAGCAAGAAAAGGUGACAGUCCUUGCUUUUCAGAAGCUUACAAUACAGUUGGACACACAGGAUGUGGUGACAACAUGAGGCGGCAUUAGAUAUUCCAGAAGGAGCCAUGUGCGCAUGAAGUGAUAGGACGGCCAAGCAAGCAGCAGCAGGGUGUGUGUGGGAGCAGGGUGAAGAGGAACAGAAUAUGGCCCACAAAGGAGCCGCGCAUCGGGAAGGUGAGACGGUGCCCCAGGAGGUAGAAUGGCAGUGAACGAAGUUCUGGAUUCAGGAAUGAGCCUCAAGUGUCCGUCAGGGAGAACAGGCAGGCGGAGAUGGGGCUCUAGAGUGGGGAGAGGUGAGGGGAAGGCUGGAAAGGCAGGUUGGGGUGGCUUUAAGCCAGGCUGAGAAAGA